AUGAACGCCGACAUUCCCGCUUCGUCCCAUCGCUACGCCCCAGACCGGAACAACUCAACCGUCACCCCAGGCGUCGAUAAUCUCGGCCCAGCUUCCGUCGGCGGCGGUAUUAGCGGCAUUGCUCUCGGCGUCGCAAACUCCCACGAUCGUCUCAGCGGCAUCGACGCUGUCCGCGCCAUGGAUCAAGAUCACCACGAUAACUUCACUGGCCCCGCCGAACGAGGCUACCACACCACCGGCUCCGAUAAUCCUUACGUGCCACAAGGCUACACCAGCGCCGAGUCUCUUCAUGCCGAGCGCUCCUAUGGCUCAAACAUGGCCCUCGGUGCAGCGGCCGCUCCACCAGGCGCGCAGACCCCCGGCCAAUCUUCCAUUCAUCUCAGUGAGACCAGUGCCAAUCGCCGCAGUAUGAUUGACCAGUAUCCUGGUUCGUAUGGAGCGAACAAUCUCGUGAGCGAUGGUCCCUACCAGCGCCAGUCGCAAUAUAGCACGAAUAUGCCCGAUAUCAACCCCAACGACAUUGCCGACGAUGACGAUGAUUACGCGCAUCAGUCCCGGAAUCGAGCUGCUCCUGCAGCUGGUGCGGCUGCUGGUGUGGCAGGCGGAGCUGCUACUGGGGGGCAUGGCGCCGCCGCUACUACUGCUUACGACCCUGUCCCCGGUGGAGGUGGUGGCGGGCUUGAAGCCGGCCACGGUGGUGGCUUCGGGGGUGGUGGCAGUAGCGGUGCUGCUGCGGAGAAGGCAGCAGCAGCUGAAGCAUCUCAAGCGGCACGAAAGAAGCGCGGCUGGAUAGCUGGUCUUGUUCUCGGAUUUAUUGUUGUCUGUGCGAUUGUCGGUGGUGCCGUCGGUGGAACACUCGGAACUAAACACUCGAAUGGCUCUUCUUCCUCCGACUCAAAUAACGAGUCUGCUACAUCGGAUUCUUCGAAAAAUGGCGAUUUGAACAAGGAUUCGUCUGAGAUCAAGGCACUCUUGGACAAUGACAACUUGCACAAGGUCUUCCCGGGCAUGGAUUAUACACCUUGGGGCGUGCAGUACCCGCUCUGCCUCAAGUAUCCUCCCUCUCAGAACAACGUCACUCGCGACAUGGCUGUUCUAUCGCAACUCACCAAUAACGUUCGACUUUAUGGAACAGAUUGCAAUCAAACGGAGAUGGUCCUGCACGCGAUUGAUCGACUCGAGUUGACCGACAUGAAAGUGUGGUUGGGUGUUUGGAUUGACACGAACAAGACGACGACGGAACGCCAGCUCGAUCAGCUCUAUAAGAUUCUCGACGACACCAAGGAUACCUCUAUUUUCAACGGCGUGAUUGUUGGUAACGAAGCUCUAUACCGUGCUGGCUCAGACAAGUCAUCAGCAGAGACAAACCUGCUCGGCUAUAUCAAGGAUGUCCGUAGCGAGCUGAAAAAGCGCAGCAUUGAUUUUGAUGUCGCGACCUCUGAUCUUGGUGACAACUGGAAUUCACAACUAGUUUCUGCCGUCGAUGCCGUCAUGUCAAAUGUCCACCCUUUCUUCGCAGGAGUCAAUAUCGAUAUUGCGGCUGCGUGGACAUGGGACUUCUGGCAAAGCCACGAUGUAUCCCUAACUAAAGGCACGCAAAAGAAACAAAUCAUCUCGGAAGUAGGCUGGCCCAGUGGAGGCGGCAAGGAUUGCGGUGACAGCCCGUCUUGCGACAGUGAUACUCCUGGCUCUGUGGCUAGCAUCGCCAACUUGAAUCAAUUUAUGGAAGACUGGGUCUGCCAGGCUCUGGAGAACGGCACCGACUACUUCUGGUUCGAGGCCUUCGACGAGCCAUGGAAAAUUCAGUAUAACACCAAGGAUGAAAACUGGGAAGACAAAUGGGGUCUGAUGGACUCCGGCCGUAAGAUCAAGGAUGGUCUGAAGAUCCCAGAUUGCGGUGGCAAGAGAGCCUCAUGA